AUGGAGCAGGCCGUGCCUGCAGAAUGCGAGUUCCAGAACCUCCUCCAGGCGACGCUGGAAGGCUCCCCUGACCUGAGCCAGCAGGCGCUCCGCGCCUUGCAGACGCUGCUCCGCUUCAAGCCGGAGGCCAUCAAGUUGGGAAACGCCAAAGCUUCGCCGCUGACUACGGCGGUACGCGCGGGCAAUGUGGAGUGCACCAAGGUUCUAUUGAAGGCCCGCGCUAGCCCCAACGAGCAAGAUGACAAGGGCGUCAGCCCGCUGCACCUGGCCACCUUCGAUGGGAACCCGGACUUGUGCAAGGCGCUGCUUUUCUACCGCGCGGACGUGGACGCCUGCGACCGCCACGGCCAAGCGCCGCUCUUCUUCGCGCCAUCCAAGGAUGUGUGCAAGUUGCUGCUUGAGAGGAGAAGUCUGAUGUGA